AUGGACAGGCAGCAAUUGCAAAAGUUUGUUCAGUACCUGAUCUCAGAGCAUCACACGGAGGUGCUUCCGACGGCGCAGAAGCUAGCAGACGAAAUCCUACAGCAACGGUCCGAGAUCAACCAAAUACCGGGAGCGCCGGACCCGACGGCCGGCGCUUCCGCAGAUGACGAGCACUCUUGGCACCUCGACGAAGAGCAGGUCUGCGAGCAGGUCAAAAGCUACCUCUCCCAAGGUGCCUAUUACAACGCCAACAAGCAAUUGAACUCGUUGUUUUCUAAGGUGAGAGAAAUGCUGAGGGCUCAGGACUCCAACGGGGCCCGCAUGUUGACUCUCAUAACCGAGCAAUUCCUUUCGGAUCCCCGUUUGCAAAUGUGGCGCAACCAAGGCACGCCGAUGACUGAUAAGUGCCGGCAAUUGUGGGAUCAACUCGGCUCGCUGUGGGUCUGCAUCGUGCUGAAUCCGAAUUGUACGGGACAGGAGAAGCAGCAGUGGAAGCAACUUUUAGAAAAAUGGUCUGUGAUCGACGUGUGUCCGCCCGAGGAUCCUGAUUAUCGGUUGCAACAGCAAGGAUCUAGGGACUCGUAUUUAAAUAGAGACAGGGAUCGAGAUCGAUACGACGAACGAUACCGAGAUCGAGAUCGAUACGCUGAUAGGGAACGAGAUAGACGAGAAAGGAGGGAUAGGGACAGAGAGAGAGAAAGAGACAGAAAUAGAUUCUUGUACGAUUCUUCAGACAGUUCAGAGGACGACGACGAUGAAGACUCAACCUCGUACACUCAUAGGAAUAAACGAUUACGUUUAGGCGGUAAUUCCAAAUCUCAAACGCCAGCUUUACCCAGAUCCGUUUUUCAUAGAGCUUUAGACGCAGUCGGGAUGUCUUGGGAUAAUAUGCAUCUUAAAAACAUCCUUUCGAGCGACACUUACUGUUCGCAUGUUCCUGACACAUCUAGUACCGGUAGCUUUAAUUCGCAAGGCCAACCACUGUGGCACGAAUCGAUACCAUUAUGCGCCGCUCGAGUGGAUUCUCUCCGAUCGCACGGUCACAUGGAGGCGGCUCUUCGAUUAGCAGUUUCCGUGGUGAGAACCAUGAAACAACAGCAACUCGUAGCGCAGCGUAAAUGGCACGAAAGCCAGCAAAACACUAGUGCGAGUACUAGUACAAAACCGCAGCCUAGUUGUAAGGUAACCGCCUGUACAUCGCGAUGCCAAGGGCAAUGUACGGUUGCUUCGUGUUCAACGACGUCUAGAAACGCCCCGACUAAUGUCGACGGAUGGGUGGGACAUCCAUUGGAUCCCAUCGGGUGUCUGUUCGAUACUUUAGCUGAUGCUUCCGUUGUUCCCGAACACGAAAGACCCAGAACUCCAACGAGCUAUUUAGAUUUAGUAGGUAUGGAAGACCAACAUAGUAAUUUAAGGCCGAGGUACCACCAUGUUCCCGUCGUUGGAUCGCGAGAUAGGUCGGAGACAUAUCUUAACUUAGCGUUCGAAGUCGCUUUGAUCGGUUUAGGCCAGCAAAGGGUUAUGCCUGUAGGGUUGUACGCUCAGGAAAAAGCUUGCAAACAAGAAGAUCGAUUGAUUGCGAAAUUGCAAGAAAUCGAGCUCGACAACAGUCUGGUGGCGGUUCUCCGACGGCAGGCCAUCAUUCUAUUAGAAGGCGGCCCGUCCAGCGGGCUCGGCAUAGGAAUUCACACCGAAAGCAUCCCGAUGCACACGUUCGCCCGGUUUCUCUUUCUCUCGCUUCUAAAUUAUUACCCGGAUCUGGCGUACGAAGUAGGCUUAAGGGCAAUGAGGUUACCGCUGCUGGAGGAACACGAGGACUCCGACGACCCUUUAGGAGGCACGGCCAGCAGUUCAUUGAUGAUGAACAGAUCUCCGAGGUGGUUCACUUUGGGACACAUCGAAACGCAACAGUGCGCUCUAAGUUCGACUAUGCUAAGCGCAGCUAAAGGUGAAGUGAUGCGGUUGCGUACGGUACUGGAAUCAUCACAGAGACAUAUCCACAGUUCUUCCCAUUUAUUUAAAUUGGCGCAGGACGCAUUUCGUUUCGCUACGCCUGAAAACGGGCCGAGACAUCCAACGCUCUUGAGCGUAGCUUUCGAAUUAGGUUUACAGGUAAUGAGAAUGACAUUGUCUUCGUUGAAUUGGCGAAGGCGCGAAAUGGUGAGGUGGUUAGUAACGUGUGCUACCGAAGUGGGCGUAGACGCUCUGAUCUCGAUAAUGCAGAAUUGGUAUCAAUUUUUUACCGCUACCGAAGCUACCGGUCCCGUCGCUACCACUAUAAUGUCACACAGUACCAUUAUGAGAUUGAAUUUGAAUUUCGGACAGCAAGAAGAAUUAUCUAGCUGCGCUCGAACGCUUGCUUUGCAAUGCGCGACAAAGGACCCUCCAAAUUGUGCCUUGAAUGCCUUAACGUUGUGCGAAAACGAAGCCUUAGCCUUCGAAACAGCCUAUCAAAUUGUCGUGGACGCCGCUUCGGUCAUUAUGACAUCAUCUCAAUUAUUUACAAUCGCGAGAUAUAUGGAACAUCGAGGUUAUCCGACUAGAGCGUACAAGCUGGCUAUGUUAGCGAUGAAAAACGUCCAUCUGGCGUAUAACCAAGAUACACAUCCUGCCAUAAGUGAUAUACAUUGGGCCUGUGCUUUAAGUCAUUCUCUAGGCAAAACUGAGCUAUCUAAUAUGAUUCCUUUGCUUGUGAAAAAUGUGCAAUGUGCCACGGUUCUUUCGGACAUACUGAGGAGAUGCAGUAUGACCGCUCCCGGAAUAAGUUGUCCCCAUCCAGCGCCUUUGGAUGGUGGAAAACACCCUCAUCCCCAUCGCGGUAGAGGAUGUGCGGGCGGGGGUAUCAAGCCUCUAUCGUACGAUAGACCGCCGUUGAGACAGCUUCUAGAAGCCGCCGUCGCCGCCUACAUCAACACUACACAUUCUAGAUUAACUCACAUAUCUCCUCGACAUUACGGAGAUUUCAUAGAUUUUUUAACGAAAGCCAGGGAUACUUUCGUCUUGGCUCACGACGGGCAUGCGCAAUUCACGCAACUGAUUGAGAACAUGAAGGUUGCUUACAAGGGAAAGAAGAAACUUAUGUUUCUCGUUAAGGAGAGAUUUGGCUGA